AGGGGGGAACUCUGUGGUCAGGGAGCCACUGGCAGAACACAGCUGCGCAGUGCUGGCUCGGCGACUGGCCCAUCCUGGCUCGCGUAUCCUCAGCCCUGGCCAAGAUGAUUCCCGCAGUGCUCUUGCUCUUGCUCCUGUUGGUUGAACAAGCAGUGGCCCUGGGAGAACCCCAGCUCUGCUACAUCCUGGAUGCCAUCCUAUUUUUGUAUGGUAUUGUCCUCACCCUGCUCUACUGUCGGCUCAAGAUCCAGGUGCGCAAGGCAGCCAUAGCCAGCUAUGAGAAAUCUGAGGCCGUUUACACGGGCCUCAGCACCCGGACCCAGGAGACAUAUGAGACUCUGAAGCGUGAGAAACCAGCACAGUAGCUUUGGAACAGUUACCCUUGGUCAUGGCCUUCUUCAGCUUCUAGUUCCCCUCACAGCCCUCAUGGUUGGUCCCGUAUACGCCUCCAUCCUGACUAUGCCAGCUGGCCCUACCCCUGUAACCUUGUUGUGCCCAAAUUAAUGAACCUCAGUGGUUUCUCUUCCCUGUCAAAGACUCAAACGCUGCUUGGUGAUGUUGCUAAUCUAGUCUCACUUCCUUGCCCCAACCCUUUUCUCCCAAUCCCCAGCACAGGCUAACUAAUGGGAAGGGAGUGUACCCAAUAAAGCUGCCACAGACUUGGCUGUAUUCA